CGGACUUUGAAAUACCGAGUCCAAGUCCAUUCUCAUCUAGACACUUAUGUCGUUAACAGUAUAGAGUUUUAAACGGUAUUUAUAUACUGACAGAGAUUCAACAAUUUCAACAGUUACAUAAACUUUAUUCAAUUUGGCCAUUCAAUAAAUACUUAUUCAUUAAAAAUGGCUAAUUCAUUUGUAAUAUUAAAAAGAACUUUCGCCACCUCAACAUCCUUGUCAAAUGUAAUAAAAAAUGUCACAAUUAUCGGUGGUGGAUUAAUGGGUUCAGGGAUUGCACAGGUUUCAGCACAAAGUGGUAACCACGUAACCUUAGUUGAAGUUAAUGAAAAUGUACUUAAAAAAGCACAGGCUAGUAUUGAAAAAAAUUUAGGACGUGUUGCUAAAAAAUUAUAUAAAGAUAAGCCACAAGAUGGUGAAAAAUUCGUUGCAGAGGCAUUACAAAGAAUUAAGGGAGUAACUAAACCCGAAGAAUCUGUUAAUGAUUCAGAUUUAGUUAUUGAAGCUAUUGUUGAAAAUAUGGAUAUUAAACAUAAAUUAUUUACAACAUUAGACAAAGCUGCACCAGCUAAGACUAUUUUUGCGUCAAAUACUUCAUCUUUAUCAAUUGGUGAAAUUGCUUCUGUUACCAAUCGCAAAGAUCGUUUUGGAGGAUUACAUUUUUUCAAUCCACCUCCAGUUAUGAAAUUGUUAGAAGUUGUUCGUACUCCUGAUACAUCAGAAGAAACUUAUAAAGCUAUGAUGGCAUGGGGUAAAUCCAUUGGAAAAGUUUGCAUCACAGCUAAAGACACUCCGGGAUUUGUUGUUAAUCGAUUAUUGGUGCCUUACAUUGCAGAAGCCAUCAGAAUGUAUGAAAGAGGAGAUGCAUCACCUAGAGAUAUUGAUACGGCCAUGAAACUUGGAGCUGGAUAUCCAAUGGGUCCAUUUGAAUUAGCUGACUAUGUUGGACAUGAUACAUCACACUCAAUUUUAAAAGGAUGGUACGAGAAAACUAAAAAUCCCCUAUUUAAACCAAACGAAAGUGUUCAAAAAUUGAUCGACGAAGGAAAAUUGGGAGUUAAAACUGGAGAAGGAUUUUAUAAAUAUGGCAAAUAAAAAACAUUCGAAAUAUAGUUUUUUAUA